CGUCGCGAUCGCAUAGCAGACCUGCAUUUCUUGCGACGCUGCGUCUACACCUUGUCAAAUCUUGACAUGCGUACUUUUCGUGACCGAUUGUGAGGCUUCAGUUGUGAGGAAGAUCGGAAACAUGGCGGACACCCCGACUGUCGAGCCUGCGACGCCGGUACCAGUACAGUCCAUCGAAGUGGAAACCGAAGUAAAGCAGGAGGAUGCCGCCGAAGAGAAGUGCGAUGAUGAUGAUGAUGAUGAUGCAGAAGCGGACGAAGAUGGGGCUACUGGUGAAGAACCAGGCGUGUCAAACGAACAAUACAAAGCUCUCAGAAACAUCACCGAAACCCUAACCAACUAUAAGAUCAAAGUGAAGGGCGACGAUGAGCAUUAUCCUUCUGUGCUGUUCAGGCGCAUCCCCAAUCGACGAAACCUACCGGACUACCACGAAAUAAUCAAGGAACCCGCCGCACUCAGUACACUUAAGGGCAAGAUACAGAGAAAGCAAUACACAGGCAUUCCGGAAUUCGUUCGAGACUUUGCUCUGAUCGUCCAUAAUGCACAAGUAUACAAUCUUCCAAACUCAGGCCCUGUGCGCGACGUGCUUGUACUGCAGGAUGUAUUCAAGGAGGAACUGCAGAAGUUGGUCAAUGAAGGGCUGGCCAAGGAAGAAGAGACGGUAUUUCCAGACCUCGGCGAGAUCCCGUAUGCUACGCCGGAACCAGAUCCUGUCUCGGAGGAGGAUGAAGACAACGAGGAUGAUGGUGAAGAAGAAGACGAGGACGAGGAUGCUGAAGCGCACGAAUCGGAUGAGGAUCGGCGGAGAAGAAAGGGCCGACGAGGUGGCAGGCCCAGUCUCUCUGGCCGCAAAAGCCGUGGUGAGGACGACGAGAAGCUGGAUGAUGCCGACGUUCGAAAGCGACGAGGACGGCCUCCUAAAGUUGACACACCAAUGGAAGCCAGGAUCAAGGCCGUACUGAAAGGCCUUCGCAAGCUCAAGGACAAAGCUGGAAAUGUGAAGAUACGCCAUUUCGAACGAUUACCUGACAAAGCGGAGUAUCCGGCAUAUUUCGUGGCCAUCAAAGACCCCGUCGCGCUCGACACCAUCAAGAAGAAGUCCAAGCGGAAGAAGUAUCAGUCUUUGGAACAGUUCAUGAAAGACAUUGACUUGCUUUACAACAACGCAAAACAGUUCAAUGAAGAGGGGAGCGAAAUCUACAACGAUGCGGUAGAAAUGCAGGCUGAAGCACAUAAACUUCUUGAGAUUGAAAAAGCAAAGCCAGAUGAUGAGUAUCUUAUGGAAGACGGAAGGCGACCAUUGCCAUCGGGCAUCUUGUACAAGAACGAACUCUGGAAAGUUGGGGACUGGAUCCACAUCUCGAAUCCCAAUGAUGUGACAAAACCGAUCGUGGCCCAGAUUUAUCGAACUUGGGAAGACCCCGAAGGUCAGAAAUGGAUCAACGCAUGCUGGUAUUAUCGACCCGAGCAGACCGUGCAUCAAUACGAGAAGCACUUCUUCCCUAACGAGGUUGUGAAGACAGGUCAAUAUCGAGAUCACAAAAUCGAGGAAGUCGUUGAUCGGUGUUUUGUCAUGUUUGUCACGAGAUACAGUCGUGGUCGACCCCGAGAUGUUGACCCAAGCAAAGAAGUCUACGUCUGCGAGGCACGCUACAACGAAGAAAAGCAUAGGUUCAACAAAAUCAAGACGUGGGCCAGUUGUCUACCUGAUGAAGUCAGGGACAAAGAUUAUGAGAUGGACCUCUUCGAGCAACCUCGAAGAAUCAAGAAGGUUCCUAGUCCACUGAAGCAUCUGUUGAAGGAUGAUAUGAAAGAGACAGAUGAGAUCUCAUCACCUCAAUGGGGGCAUCCUAACGCGCCGCCUAUCGUUGGUGCUAUUCACAAACAUCCUCGAGACGAAAAUCAAUCACCACCGCCUGAACCAACACCGCCGCCACCUCCAACACCUCCACAACCAAUCCGUCAACCCUCCGUCAGCACCAUGUCGACACAACCAAUCGUGCGACCGAGCAUCGAUCGGACACCCAGCAUCAGCGCGACAAAAUUACAGCCUCAACCAUCACGGCCAUCACUCACCCCUCAAGUGGCCUCAUACCAACCACAAUCAAUCUCUCCAGCUCCACCGUCCUACUCCCGGCAAACUUCAUAUCCGCAAUCACAACCUCCUCACAUCCAGGCCGCGACGGUGUCACAGACACCUUCUGCCCAGCAACCACUGCCCUUUGCUGCCAGACAACAACUGCACCCUCAACCAAGCCUGACUGCAGCACACCCAACCAAUUAUACUGCCGCAACACCUUCGCAAGCUUACAACCGUCCACAAUUGCCACAGACGACAGCAUACAAUCAAUACUCCACGCACAUGCAGGAUCAACGCGGCGCUGAAGUGUAUGUUCUUUCAAACAUCGCCAAUGAGUCCAUACCUAAACACAUCCGUGACCGGUUUCCCCAGGACGACGAAGGCCGUGUCUUGUUCUUCACCCAACCUCCCGUUCUUCCAGAUACUGUUGUGCGAGGACGAGAUGGACAGCCGCUCGCUCAUACGGAGAAGUAUCUUGCUGCCAAGGCGGAGAGAGAUAAGAUCGUUGCGACGAGGAAGAGAGCGAGGCAGGAGGAAAAAUCGACGCCUUUGAAAAGAGGGCGAUUAGGCACGGUUGUUUGAUAUCGGUGCGAAGCGAAUCUCGGCCAGGAUUUGUAUAACUACGAUCAGCAUUGUGUUUUGACACCAGGCACCUGAGGAAUCGAGUUCUAUGCCAGUUAUUUGAGUUUAGACACGGCAAUAGCGCUAGAGGUAUUCGCGCAAAGCAAGGUAGCGAAAUCAGAAGAGCUCUGGCAUGUUUUUCUUUGGCCUGCUUUGCACUCUCCUUGAGACUGGUGAUCGAGAGUGACCAUGAAUUUAC